AUGGCAAUUAAAGAAUCUAAAACUGAUGUACUUAUCAUUGGGGCUGGUCCAUCUGGUUACAUGUGUGCUACAUGGUUAGCUAGAUGUGGUAUUCCAUUUAGAAUCAUUGAUAAAAGAUCAAAUGAAAUAUUUGCUGGUCAAGCUGAUGGAUUACAAAGUCGUACAUUAGAAAUUUUUAAAUCAUUUAGUGAAAAUUGUUUUGAUUUUGCAACUUUAGAUCAAGGUUGGAAAGUAGCUAAUCAUGUUACAGAAAUGUGUUUUUGGUCACCUAAUGAUAAUGGAUAUUUAACUAGAAAAUCAAGAGUACCUGAUUCAGCACCUGGAGUUUCAAAAUAUACUGAAUGUGUUAUUCAUCAAGGUAAUGUUGAAAAAUGGUUUAAUGAUUCAAUUGAACAUUUUUCCGAUGGUAAAGUUAAAGUUGAACGUCCUUUAUUACCAAUUUCUCUUCAAAUUAAUGAAAAUGAAAUUAAUAAUCCUCAAGCUCAUGCAGUUGAUAUUUUAAUUAAAAAAUUAGAUGAUAAUUCUGCUAAACCUGAACAAUUUGGUAAAAUUGCUAAUGGACUUUUCCGUGCUUUUGAUGGAGAUCAAGAGAAAUUUUAUAAAGAUAUCACCAAAGAUAAUGAAGAUGAUUAUGAACUUAUUCAUGCUAAAUAUGUUGUUGGAUCAGAUGGGGCACAUAGUUGGGUUCGUAAACAAUUAGAAAUUGAUAUGGAUGGUGAUCAUACUGAUUUUGUUUGGGGAGUAUUGGAUAUGGUUCCAAUUACUAAUUUCCCAGAUAUUAGAAGUCGUUGUGCUAUUCAUUCUAAAGAAAGUGGAUCAGUUAUGGUUAUUCCAAGAGAAAAUGAUUUGGUUAGAUUUUAUAUUCAAUUAAAAGAAGUUGAUAGAGAUUCAUCUACUGAAACUAAAGAAUUUAGUGGUACUACUGAAGAAAGAAAAGAAACUUCUAAAAGAAUUGAUAGAUCUAAAAUUACUCCUGAAUCUAUUUUAAAACAAGCUCAAGAAAUUUUCAAACCUUAUACUUUAGAAAUGACUGAUUUACGUUGGUAUACUGGUUAUCAAAUUGGUCAAAGAGUUAGUCCUAAAUUUGGAUCUCAUGAUAGAGUAUUUAUCACUGGUGAUGCUUGUCAUACUCAUUCACCAAAAGCUGGUCAAGGUAUGAAUGUUUCUAUGCAAGAUACUUAUAAUUUAGGAUUCAAAUUAGCUUUGGUAUGUAAAGGUCUUUCCAAACAAGAUAUUUUAUCAACUUAUGAAUCUGAACGUUUGAAAGUUGCUCGUGAUUUGAUUGCUUUUGAUCAUAAAUUAUCCAGAUUAUUUAGUGGUAAACCAAUGAUUCCAAAUUCUGAUGUUAUGGAUGGGGUUGAUCUUGAUGAAUUUCAAUCACUUUAUCGUCAAGGUAGCAAAUUUGCAUCUGGUACUAUUGUUGAUUAUGAAGAUUCUUUAUUGAUUUCCAAGAAACAAAGUAAUAUUUCUUCUUCUUCACCAGAUGAAGAAGGAAGAGUAUUUAGUUCAUUGGCUACUAAAGUUCCAGUUGGUAGAAGACUUUACAAUGAUCAUAUAAUUGCUCAAGCAGAUGGUCGUCCAGUUGAUACUUUAGAAAGAUUUUCAUCUGAUGGUAGAUUUAGAGUAUUGAUUUUUGCUGGUGAUGUCAAGAAUCAUCCAAAAAAUUUUGAUUUAUUAAAUGAUUUCCAAGAAUUGAUUGAUUCUAAAGAAUAUUUUGCUAAAAAAUUCACUCCAAUUAAUGCAUUUGCCAAUUCUGUUAUUGAUAUUGUUACAAUUCAUUCAUCAGAUAGACAUGAUGUUGAACUUGAAGAUUUCCCAAGUUUCACACAUCCAUUAGAUUUCAAACGUCGUUGUGAUUAUUGGAGAUUAUAUUCAGGAGUUGGUGAAACUUAUCAUGAAGGUAAAGUUGAUAUUUAUUCAACUUAUGGAAUUGAUAAGAAAAAAGGUGCUAUUCUUGUUUUACGUCCAGAUUCUCAUGUUGCUUUGGUUUCUGAAUUCUCCAUUGCUGGUCUCAACAAAGUCAAUGAUUAUUUCAAUGGAUUUAUGAUUCCUCAAACUAAUGUCAAGUUACCACCAAAAGAUCCUCAAUUUGAUGACGUCAAGAGAUUUGUUUUGCCAAGAUUGGCUGUUUAG